GAGCCAGAGCCAGAGCCAGAGCCGGCCCACCGCGAUCGACCGCGGCCACCCCGGCGGACACCGCGCCUCCGGCCGGGCGGGGGCAGCGGAGCGAGGCGGGGCCCCGAGGCCGCCCCGCCCCAUCCUCGGGGAUGCCGGGAUGUUUACGGGCCUGACAGGAGCGGCGGGGGGUGGAGAGCAGGUCGAGGCUGCUGCCGGUGCCUGCGCCGUCCGCCAGGAGCCCCGCUAGGCGCCCGCUGCCAGCGCCGGCGCGGCUCCGGGCUCGAGGCGCCGAAGAAGCCGGGGAGGAGCGGCGGCCGGUCCCGGUCUCCCGCGCCAGGAGCAGGCGGAGCCAGGCUGCCCGGUUGUUUAGGAGAGAACUCAAGUAUUCCAGUGCUGUAGAAAUUCUAUUUAAACUACAGACUUGCACUGUCUUGAGGGAGAUGAAAUGCAGUGGAAAACAGUCAUUAGUUCAUGGCCUAUGGAAAACUUAGGCAGAGGAAGGAAAACUGUGAUGGAAAGAGGGAAACUUACAAGCAAGUCUGACAACUUUAAAGACAUAAAGGACAUUGUUGUGUGAUAGAAUGGAUGAACAAUCACAAGGGAUGCAGGGGCCUACUGCUCCACCAUUUCAGCCACAGAAAGCCUUACGACCCGACAUGGGCUACAAUACCCUUGCCAAUUUCCGAAUAGAGAAGAAGAUUGGCCGUGGGCAGUUCAGUGAAGUUUACAGAGCAACCUGCCUGCUGGAUGGGGUACCAGUGGCUCUGAAGAAGGUUCAGAUAUUUGAUUUAAUGGAUGCCAAAGCCCGUGCUGACUGCAUCAAGGAAAUAGAUCUUCUUAAGCAACUGAAUCAUCCAAAUGUAAUCAAAUAUUAUGCCUCAUUCAUUGAAGACAAUGAACUGAACAUAGUGUUGGAAUUGGCAGAUGCUGGAGAUCUCUCUAGAAUGAUAAAGCAUUUUAAGAAACAGAAGAGGUUGAUUCCUGAAAGAACAGUUUGGAAGUACUUUGUUCAGCUUUGCAGUGCCUUGGAACAUAUGCAUUCUCGUCGUGUUAUGCAUAGAGAUAUAAAGCCAGCAAAUGUGUUCAUUACAGCUACAGGAGUAGUAAAGUUGGGAGAUCUUGGACUUGGUCGAUUUUUCAGCUCCAAAACCACAGCUGCACAUUCUUUAGUUGGUACACCUUAUUAUAUGUCUCCAGAGAGAAUACAUGAAAAUGGUUACAACUUCAAGUCUGACAUCUGGUCUCUAGGCUGUCUGCUGUAUGAGAUGGCUGCACUGCAGAGUCCCUUUUAUGGUGAUAAAAUGAACUUGUACUCCCUAUGCAAGAAGAUAGAACAGUGUGACUACCCACCUCUCCCUUCAGAUCACUAUUCAGAGGAACUGCGACAAUUAGUUAAUAUGUGCAUCAACCCGGAUCCGGAGAAGCGCCCAGACAUCACCUACGUGUACGAUGUAGCGAAACGGAUGCACGCACACACCGCCAGCAGCUGAACAGCCAGCAGAGCCCCAGGAAAGGAGCAGCAAGAACCAAGUGCUUUAAAUAAAUCAUCCCACCUCUCCGUGUGUGUUACACAAAUGUAAUUAUUUGGAGCUUACUGUUGUGCUUGGAAUUGUAAACCAAUUUAUAUACAAGCUUUGUUGUUUUCUGUUUAUUUCUGGGUUUCGUAUUUUUUACUAACUUGCAGUUUUACAACAGGUUUAAAUAUGUAAAGCAUAAUUUUAAGAUGCUGUGAACCGCUGUUUCCAUGUUAGUGGGUUCAAGUAUACUUUCUGUAAUAACAAAAUUGUAUUCAGUUGGGCCUCAGUUCUAAAACACAGUUGCACUUUUGCACAUGAUACAGAUAUUAGGCUUAAUAUCAAGAAGCAAAAUGUCUGAAUCUUUCACCUUUCUAGUAAUUUAUGGAAAGUAUGAAUCAGCACAGUUAACUUUAUUUUAAUCUUUGUUCCAAGAGGAACAUAAUUAUUACAGGAGCUUACUGUAUUUUAUAUUGAAUUGUAGUUUGCAGUUCUUGCUGUAUGAGUAGACAAGGAAUAGAAUUAGUUCUCUGCUUGCCAAAUGCAAUGGAAAAAUAAUUUCAGGAAAAAUUGUCAUGCUGAAACUUUUGUAACGUCCCCUUUUGAUUUGUUAGUCUCUCAUAAUACACAAAACAUUUGUUGGAGGUUUUCUGGGAAAAUUUAAGGUGUUGAUUCAGCAAUCGGGUCAUUUUCAAUAGACUUGUGCAGCAUUGCCCUGGGGCAAUGGGAGUCUGCAUAGUUCAGUCUUAAAAACAUGCAGAUGCUUCUUGUAGCCAAUAGGGUUCUUUUGUGGCUGUUCUUUGAGCAGGUCUGAUUAAAAGAUGUGAUCUUUAAGUUACAACUUCCCAACUGUUUGUGUAUAUGUCACUGUUUGUAGAUUUUUUGUGUUUAAAAUAAUUCAAGUGACCUUACAGUAUAUUUAAAUUUUAUUUUUUUCUAAAUACUGAGAUCUUUUGGCAAAGAUAUAAUAGUCUAGUAUAGCACAAAAUAUAUUCUACAUAAAUAUAUGAUCUUUGUAUACUGUAUCCUGAGACUUAGUUUUAUAUUUAGCAGAAGUAAAUUAUAGCUUUUAUGUUGAAGAUAAAGUUGCCACGCCUUAAUUUGGAAAAUAAUUAUAUAUGCAAACUGUCUUACAGAUACUUUAUUCGUUUAAAAGGAAAUGCUGAAUAUUUUUGUUAGACCUUAGUGCCUUUUGGGGUAUGCUUAUAUAUUUUUGUUGUUAAGGAAGGAAUGUGUCUUGUUUUUAAAUGUGGUAAAAAUGGAGAGUGAAAUGAAAUUCCUUGAGUUUCAAGACUGAACUUUUUUGUGGAACUGUCAAAAGGUAAUUAUUAUCAGUGAUAGCAGCUAGGGAGCUGUUACUGUCAGUUAAGUCUUUUUCUUUAUGGGGGUAAACAGUUAGUUCAAAUAAAAGCAGAAGUAUGUACAUAUAUAUAUAGAUUCUAGAUGCUGUCACAUCCCUGCAUUCUCAGAUUUUUUUUUUUGCUAGUUUGUUUCUCUGAGCAGCUGUAAUUUUUAUUUUAUAUAAUGCUCAAAAAAUAAAAAAAAUCAUAUGUGGAGUUUGUGUUCAAGGCAGGGUCAGGAUUGUUUUUGGUUUUGUAUUUUUUAAAACUAUAAAUACUAUGAAAAUUGUGUUUGGAAAAAGAAAAGGGGAGAUUUUAGAUGGUGUAUGCCAGAUCAUCAGCUUAUCUUAAUACAUACUUUUUUAUUUUUUGCUUCCAGGUUUUCUUGGACAAAUUGUAUGAAAAUGUAGUUUUAUUUCUCAAUUCUGUGUGCACUUAACCUUAUAGAACUUCAGUGGAACACUUUGUUGGAAAGAAGUAUUUGAGAAACUUUGGUUUGUGUUUAGCAACCUCUAGAUUUGUUUUCAUUUGUUUUCAUCAUGGUUAUAUAAUUUAAAACUUGUUGGUUAUAUUCUGUAACAAUGUUUCACAUGUCGUAGAAUGAAAUGCUUUGUAUUGAAAAAGGCAGCACAAUAUUUGCUUGACUGCCAGAAUUAGUUCUUAAUUUGCACAAGUACUCAAUUUUUUUUUUUCUGAAAUGUGCUAGAACAUCUAAAAAUCACCGAAAAGCCCCCCAGUGCAAUGCAGGCUAUUUGUAUCUAAUAUUAUGCAUAAAGUAUUGAACUUUUCCUGCCAGAAACUGCUGAUAGAUAUCCCUCCCCUGGAAGGAUAUGCUGAGUAAAAGAAUAAUGAGUUAAGAGUUAGCAAAUGUGCAUACUUAAGCAUUUAAUUUUUUUUAGCAAUGUGGGGGUUUCUUUUUAGUACUUAUCAUUAAAUAUUGUGCUGAGGAAAAGAAAUAGUGACUUAAAAAUCUUUGAAAUGAAUGGUGCACCUGAGUUUGGUACCUGACUUCUGUAAUUAAAAAGGCAGUGUGCGUUAAUAGAACUGCUUACAUAAUUGGGGAUUGUAGAAUCUCUCCCUAAAGUGAAGUACCUGGUAACAUAUUAAAAUGGUAAGUCUUGUUAUAACACUCCAAUGUGCUUAUAAAAUGUUUUCUAAACCACCAUCCUAUUUUUCAUAUGUUGAUGAUAAUAUUUGACACUAUUUAUUUUAAGCUAUGGCAUUAUGUGUUUAUUUUCUUUAAAGAAAACAUGUUACAUUUCUACCCAAAAGUGUCUGACCAGCUCCUCCUUUUAUUUCAGUAAUGCUCCAGUAUUAACUUGUGUCAGGGGUGAACUUUUUUGUGCUUUGCAUAAAAUUGCAUAAAAUCCCUUUGUCUCAAAAGCACCCUUGCUGUGCAGUAGUUCAGUAGAAAUAAAACAUACAGAUAUUAAAUGUAGUGUAAAAAUUAUAGUGUUUCUAUAUUUUUCAAACUUUUCUUGUUUAGAUUUAUAAAUAUAAUGUUACAGUAGAUGCUGCCUCUCGUGUGAACAACUUACUGCUUCCAGUAGUUGAUUCUAGGUGAGAUUUUUGACUAUAACAAAAGAUAGUACACAAAAAAAAAAUCAUUUUUGUAUUAUUUGUUAAAAGAUUAUCUAAAAAUACUACAUCCGGUUUGUUGUGUGUUUUAAACUAAAAUUUGAAACUAAAAUUUUAAGCUAAAUUUAAAAAUAUUUUCAAUAUUGAAAUAUGCGAUAAAGCAUAAAAAUAACAAAGAGCUCCCAUUAUGACCCCAGUCCUGUGAGCUCUUGAUUAUAUUUCAGCUGGGUUUUAUGUAAUUUCAGUAAUUUUGAGUGAAUCACAUCUACACACACAAAUAAACAGUAAUCAGUAGGGUAGAUAGAAAUGAUGUGCUCAGCUCACUUUGUAUACUCUCUGCGUGUCACUGCUUUGGUAGCAGGGAAUAAUUUGGGUUUUUUCCCCUGUUUUGUUGCACUCCUAAUGAUCCAGCUCCCAAUUGUAUGAGCAGGCAAUAGAAGUGUGUUGUCUUUUUGUAAUGAGCAGAAACUUUAAAAACAUGCCAGUAUAGCAGAAGAUGAAAUGCAGUAUUAGAAGUGUCUGAGAAGGCUGGUGUUUUAUUCAUGCUCAUGAUUAAGAAAGCCAUAGAGUGAAAUUCUUGACAGAGGCUUGGAAAUGGAGAAGAACUUUUAUGCCAGUGGUUCUCAGAUAACUCUGAGUGGGACCCAAAAUCGCAGUGAUGUUUGUUUGCAGCAGUCUUGUCUGCUUAGUCUCUUCUCUUUGCUGUUAUGCAGCUCAGUUGGAGUGUUGGUGAAUGCUGCAUUGGCUGUGUGACCUGGUAGGAACAGGAGGUGACGUGAGGGAGAGCCAGUGAAGGCCUUCUGGUCUUGUUUUGUGAAGACAGAAGGGUGCUGGAUGGCAGAGGUCAAAUCACUGUUUUUUCAUAGUUUUUAAUAGUUUAUCUACUUCAACAGUCAAAAUUUUCGCAACCCAGCCAUAUCCCCACAUUACCUAGCCAGUGGCAGUGUUGGCAGUGGCCUUUUGAAUUGCUGAUCUCUGGGUUGAUCUGGUUGAGCAAAUCUUUCUGGCAAGGAGGGAAAUAGAGGUGUGAACCCUGCUUGGUGGGGUGCUACUUAUGUUUCUGAACAUUACUCAAAUAUAGAUGUUUAGAGUUGUUUUUUUAAAAUGAUUCCCUUCUCUGAGCCUUUAUUCCCUUCUCUGAUACUUUUAAAAAGGUAUUUGCCAUUCAUAUUCACUACUGAAGUUCAAUGACUCUUGGCUUCUGCUUUGUCAGUCCUGUUGUCAGCCCUUACCCUCUUCCUGGUUUGAAGUCCUCUGUCUAGUUUUCCUAGUGGCCAUUAGUUUGCAUCUUUCUUUGUGUGUUUGCUAAACUCAACCCAUUUCAGUCUUUUCAAAUUUUAUCCCUCCCCAUGGGCAAACCCAGUUCCUUUCCCCUGAUCAGUGCUUUAAUCCUUUGUUUUUCAUUCUGUUUUUCCAGCCCAGUGCCUGUGAUUUCCAGUUUUAGAUAGAUUUUCUUACUGCCUCAGUCAUUCCCAUGACCUUGUCUUUACUAAAUACUGUUCACUUUAUUCUCUCUCAUUUCUAAAUUCCCUUUCUCUGAUCACUACCUGCUCUCUUUCAGCUUAUCUGUCUUUCUCUCUUCUCCACCCUGUCACUCACUCCUUUUGGGAUCUCCAGUCUAUUAACCUUUUUGACUCCUUCGUCUUCACUGCUGCCUCCUUCCUUCAUUGGCCUCACUUCUUUUUACUCACUUGUCUUUAUUUUUAUCUCUGUCUGCUUCGCUGUACAUGGUUUCCUUGGCUGCUUCUCACACUGUCCUGUCUCCAUUUCUCCCUCCAGACAUAAUCCCUUGUAAUUUCUUAAUUUCUGUUCCAGCCUUUCUGAAUAUCAGUUUGCCCCUUUUAUUUCUGUAUCUUUUAUGCCUCUCAUUCCUUUCAUUGAAUUACUUCUUCCUUCAGUAGCAACCAAGUUGCUUUUUUCAUCUGUCUUUAAGGACGUGGCACCAUCAUCGUAACUGUUUCUGGUUUUUAAUACUUUGUCCUUUUUUUCUCCCUGUCAUAUGAUUUCAUGUACCUAAACACCCUCUCUCCAGUUUGUUUUUGGAUUUUUUAAAUGUUGCACUUUAUUUGAAUUCCCCAAAAAUCCAGUGCUUCCCUGCCUAGUCUGGUUCUCCCAUGGUUCUAUCUCCAGAUUAUUCUGUUUGUAUCCAGCCAGCCUCAGACCUGUUCAGAUUCAAAGGUCUAAUUUUUAUUUCUGACUCCCUCUAGACUAUUUUCUAACAUCCCUGACAAUUUUACUUGCCUGUUUUCUGAGGCCACAACCUUUCUAUCUCUGACACUUCUCCCAUGCCUGCGUAUCAAAUGUCUCAGAGUUAGAUGUAUCAGAAUCCAGCCCUCUUCACUAUCUGUUCUUUCUUUUAUCUUCACUGAUUUAACCUCUGUGUCAUUUUGGCUUCUUUUCUCCCUUCAAAGUAUCGAAUUUGACAGGACUAAACUGUCAUUGGGCUUUCACUGUUUUGUGUGCUGAAGAAGGAACUCCACCAAAUUACUUAUUUUGUGUUUUAAAGAGACCUGAAUCCCACAAAUCUGAUCUUAUUUCUGUACUGUAGAGUUGGAAUAGAUUGUUUCUCCAAGUACGUCAAAAGUCCUCGAAUUUGGGCCUUUAGUUUUCUGUCAUUUCAGAUAAAGAAUUUUUUUCCUUAAUUGCUUUGUAUUUACUGUAUGUAACUUUGUCUUGUUGCUGCACGUACAGCUAACAGUUGUUUUCCUGCUAUAGCAACUUGAUUUCAGUGCUUUUAACUAUUGCUUGAAAUAAGGAAAUGCCUAAGAGCUUCCCUGGCUGGACCCAGAGUUGGGCACAGCGCUGCUCUCUGUUGCUGUGCCAUCCAGCCCCUCCAGGUACAGGACUGACUUGGUGCUCUCCUGCUCCUCUACCCAUACUGCCCUAACCAAAGCCAAACCAAAGCUGCUUCUGUGGUGGGUGCGUGGUUUUCUGUGUGGGUGCACGAUCUGAUUCCAUACUUUUAGCAGGCUUUCAGAGGUGGAAGAUUCUAUGUUUGCAGAGAUUCACUGUUGGUCAAAUUGUCUGGCUUUUGCUCAUAAUUAUCCUGAGAUAUGUUGAGAUUGAGAAAUGAAAAUCUCUGUAAAACUGAGAAGUUUGCUGUUUUGGAACUGGAGGCUAUAGAGUUGAAUGUUACAUUUGGUGUGGAUAUACACACAUUUAUUGACUUUUUAUUUACACCAGAGUAAUUAUUUUGUUUUAGAGGAUCAGUUGUUUGCUGGCACAAAAAAAAAAAAUCUAGUACUUUUUAGGUUUUAUAUUUAUUCCUUGUUCCCUGCCUGUAUCGCACUGUGCAGUUCUUCUACAGCUGCCUUAGUGGUGGUGUCGGCCUUACUUCUUUUGUCUAAUUGCAAUUUUCUGUCAAAUGGAAUUAAAAAUAGGAAAUUGAGUCCUUCCUGAUAGUUCCACUUGCUUUUCAUUUAAAGCCUAGCAAUGGAUAGAGGUCUCAACCUGGAUAAAACAGAUGUUCUGGGAUUCCUUACUUCCUUUCCACCUCCUGGUCCCUGUUUCUCUGUCUUCCCUGGGACACUUGCAGGGAAUACGGCACCGCCAGCGUAUCAAGCCAAUAGAAGCGUGGACAGGAGAUCUCCCAGCUGAAAAUGACUAGGAAUAUACUUGGUGUUGUUAUAUGGCUGAUAAUUGCAAAUGUGGAAAGAGCAAUUUAAAAAAAAUCUGUGUUCGAUGUUACAAAAGGAAUCUUAAAUUAUGCAAAGGCCUUUUAAUGUGGUGUUGGUCUUCUUCAGUAGACUUAAUUUGCUGCUUGUUCCUUUGAUUUCAGUCAUGCUGGACUGUUGUAAAGAUGAUUCAUUAAAGAUGAGUGUUUUUUGUUGGAAGUGGGGAAGACAGGAGGCAUUCACUGGUUUGUUUGUAUUUGGCUGCUGAUUGUGCUUGAAUCAAGUUUUAUAAUCAUUCAGAUUGGAAUGGACCUUGAGAGAAGGCUCUAGUCCAGCUUCCUGCUGAGAGCUGAGUCAGUGCUGAAUUCAGAGCAGGGCUUUAAGGCUUCAGCAAGAUCUAGAAACCCUCAAGGGAGGGUAACUGAGCAGCUUCUGUGGGCAGCCUGCUCCAGUGCCUCACUGUAAACCUUGUUUGCCUUGUGUGCAGCCAGAAACUCCUCAGUUACAAGUUGUGGCCAUUAUUUUUUCUUCUGCCACUCCUCAAAUGUUCUUUAUAUUGCAAAAAGGUAAGUCAAGUAUUGGGACAAAGAGAGAACUUAGGAUGUUUUAUUUUCUGAAAAUUUGUUAUUGCUAACAAAUAUGUUCAUGUAGUACUUCUGCAUCCUGUAUGACGUGUAACCCAUAUUCAUUUGCAACUCGAGUGUAAAAUAAAACUUUUGGCAGUAAAACUUGAUACAAACA